AUGCACCCCUUUUCUGUACUCACUCUUGCGAUAUUCGUAGCUGGCUACAUCACUGCUCGAUGGGACCUUGUUACUCGGCUCUACGAAUUGGCCAUUUUUGCUUGGGAUAAAGGCGUCAUAAUUCGUGCCGCUCAGGGAUUCGCCGCCUUGAGUGUAGCUUUUGUCCUAAUCUUGAUACCCGUACAGCACCUCGCUCGAGUAGAGGCAGAUCUGCAUGAAGGAUUAAUGAGGGUAUUUUGGCCGACCGAUAUUGCCACAUCUACUGCUCCUGGUGUCGUGGUUGGAUGGAGAAAUUCGAGCUUGGACGUUGUCGUAAUAGCAGUUUUGGAUCAUGUUGAACCAAAAAGUGUGGAGAAUGCCCUGAAGACGGGCAUCUUGUUACGAAAUGCGCCUCACCCCAUACCUCGAAUCUUCGAAAUCUGUGGACAGUCUUCUAUGCAUGUCCUCGGCAUCACGAAUCGCGAACCCGAUUUUGACACAGAUCCAUCGUGGGUACGAGCCGUGGUUGGACCAUCUCAACGAACCCCCAAGAUCACCUGUCCGAAAGCAUCCAGUAUUCAGAUCAUCUUAUUCGAAAGACCAACCCCCCAACGCAUGCAAUAUAUAUCCUUGAACCCCAUUGCUCUAUCACUCGCCGAUAAAGGGGAAAAUGCGUAUCAUGCCUCCGACAGUUCCGAGGCCGAGGAUGAGAAACAGGAGCGAAAGAAUAAACAGAAGACACGGUUCCUAGUCGAAAAGUUAAAACAACAUUCGGUUGUGAAGCGCGCGCCAUCCCAGAAAGACAAGGCCCUCGCGAGAAUCGUCAAUCAGAUCAACUGGACCUGGGAACUGGAACAUCUGCUACAGAGGAACGUGCCGCUCAUUGGUACCCGACCAAAACGGGCGCUGAGCGUCUCGGAACGAGUGGUAGAGCAUGCUACAAACAUGAGGGACUAUGUGAUCCUGUGGGUUUGGGAUAUGACAAUUCUCUAUGCAUUUCCUAUAAUUCGCACGGCCUUCAUAAUGCUCCUCCUCGGUCACCGAAUCGCAGCGGAAGCUUUGCUUCGUGUAUUAGAAUGGAGGGCUCGGCCGACUUCGCCUGCGCUGAAAGAUGUGUCUGCGACAGCCCAACAAGUAGAGAUACGUCUCCAGCAGUUUUGCUAUUGGCCGAUGCAGUAUGUGAAACUUCGGCUGCGGAAGAACGAUUGGGAUAGUGUCACCACAAGUCAUCCAGAUUAUAUACGAUUUUAUAACAGUCUCUGGCUCGUGGCUAACGAUGUCAUCAUCGGUAUCGCUCUGGGGUCGUAUAUCAUCGACAAUGCCGAUUGGGUGGCGGAUACGAUUAGCAUGCUGCUAGGGAGUUAUACGAUCAAUGCAUUACAGAGUAGCAUAUCUUGGCUCAUGGGUUGGCCUGCUGGUCUCAAGCUGAAUAGUGAAUUGGCACUCUUCUUGGGAGACCUUUUCCUCUGGGUUAUUGACUACUGGUCUAGUUGCAUCGACACUUUGCGACCCCUAUUACCACAUAUGGUUUGGUUUAUUGGCUUCUCUAGCUUUGCUGGUGCCAGCAUGCCGAUCGCCCUUUUUUCGGACCUGCUCUCCGUUCUCACCGUGCACAUCUACUCUUUCUACUUGGCCUCAGCACGGAUCUACCAUUGGCAACUUACCAUCCUGCUCUCCCUAUUCCAAUUAUUUCAAGGUAAAAAGUAUAAUGUAUUACGAAAUCGUGUCGACUCGUGCGAUUACGACCUUGAUCAACUUCUCGUCGGCACCAUAUUAUUCACCCUCCUAUUCUUUUUAUUACCUACCGUCGUUGUAUUUUAUCUUAAUUUCGCCCUUGCGCGCAUGGUCAUCAUAUCGUUCAAGGCGAUUUUCGAUACAUUACUUUCUUGCUUGAACCAUUUCCCACUGUUUGCACUGAUGCUGAGGGCAAAAGAUCCUCGGCGUCUUCCAGGUGGUAUUCAUUUUGAGCUUCGUGAUACCCCGAAUAGAAUUGGUAAUAAUUCCACAUUAAUUUCAUCAUCCUCCCAGCCCACUUCCGUCAUCUAUGUUAAGCCAAUACCUCUCUCAUUCACAGCCAUGUUUCAUCAGUACUUCCAGAUGGGCAGCCGUAUCCGCAAGCAUUACCUAUCACCUCGGGUGCUUUUUUGCCUCAUCACCGGCCGCUUCGUGCCGCCGAUCCACCGAAAAGCACUCUACUCCCUACAAUACAGCAUGCUCCCCGCGCACAGGGCCGGCAUUGUAGAAAUGUGGGAGGCACUCAACUCGCUGCCAGCAAAGAAGAGACCAUUCAAAGUCCACCCGUUUGCGCUGCAGGCAAGCCCGGCAGUGCUCAACGGGAGGCGGCAUAUGAACGGACGUGCCUCGAGAGGAUUAUGA